CCAUUGAAAAGAGGACUGUGUCGCUGAACUGGUUCACCUGUCAACACUAAGCAGCACUUCAGCUCAACGUGAAUUGAACAAAAGGCAUCAACUAUCGUUUUCCUGAUUUGUUUUGAUCCCUUAAUACGUCGAGAAGCGAUAGCAAACUGUGGUAACCCGGAUUAUGGAACGGUUAGCAAAACGGUAUUUUUUUUCAUGGCUGUUUGUGGCUUCAAGUAUCCAGGUAUCGAGUUUACAUUUUGCGCAGGCGACUUACAUAUGCACAGCUUACCUUAAUGUCUCUUCUGUUGAUGUUGAAAGCAACGAAACUGUUUGGCGGUAUGAAGAAAGCGGACUUUAUGGACUAGAUUCUCCCAAAAUGACAGUGACGGGGGAAGUCUAUGUACCUCGUCCGAUGUACGGCUGCCAGUCUGAUGAUGCAUUUUAUGAUGUACCAAAUGAGUCAAAGGGAUGGAUCGCGUUAAUUCAGCGAGGUCAUGGAUGCAGUUUUUCCGAGAAGAUCAAUGUCGCGGUCAGCGAGGGGGCAAUUGCUGUCGUGAUUUUUAACGAUCUUGGUACAGAUAGAGUAAUCCAAAUGUCGCACCCAGGGACUGGAGACACUGUCUCCAUCAUGAUCGGCCACAUCAGAGGCCUGGAGAUCGUGAACCUGGUCCAGAAGGGUUUCCCCGUCAACAUGACGAUCGAGGUGGGCAAGCAGCACGGACCCUGGAUGAGUCACUACUCUGUGUUCUUCGUGUCCAUCUCCUUCUUCGUGGUGACCGCUGCCACGGUGGGGUACUUCAUCUUCUACUCAGCACGUCGCCUCAACAGCCUCCGUCAGCAGAACAACAAACAGAAACAUCUCAAGACUGAAGCAAAAAAAGCCAUUGGUCAGCUUCAGGUGCGGACCCUAAAACAGGGAGAUGAGGAGACCGGCCCAGAUGCUGACACCUGUGCUGUGUGCAUCGACGCUUACAAACCCGGAGAUGUGCUUUCCAUUCUCACAUGCAAUCACUUGUUUCAUAAGAGCUGUAUCGAGCCCUGGCUGCUGGAACACAGGACGUGUCCCAUGUGUAAAUGUGACAUCCUGAAGACUCUGGGGGUGGCGCACCCUGAUGACGAGGAGUCCAGCCGGCAGACGUCCGUCCCUCCAGACUUCCAGUCCUUCCCCAGCGCCCCUGAAGAUGCCCAGAGCGAGACGGCGUCUUCAGGGUACGCCUCCGUCCAGGGGGGUGAGGAACAGGGCAGCCCGCCUCAGGGAACCCCUAUAUUUGAAGUUAAGGACCAGCCUGAUCCUGUUUCGGUCCACAUUGAGAUCCAGCCCCAGUACGACAACCUGGCAUUUGAGGGCGACCUCCAAAACCAACAGGCGCCCAGGAUAUGAACAGCAUGCUUAGCACUGCACUGGACCCUGGCUAAUGGGACUCGCGCCACAGUCGAUUACAUUCAAAGAUGUUGUUCCUGGUGGUUGUGAAACAAGCAGAACCUGUAAAGUGAGUUUGAGGUUGUUUUAGGAAAAGAGAAUGUAGCCUAUGCAUAUCAUUGGAAUCGAUGCAAUAAUAAUGUCUGAACUGGUACUAUCUCACAUGUUUUAAUGAUCAUUUUACAUGUCGAUUUCAUUUUUGUGUUUGUUUACUGCGUACAAAAAGUCAUUAGAUCACCUAAUGUUUUUGAUGUCUGUGCAUUACUAGAACAGGACUGAUCUCUUUUUAAGAGACUUAAUGCAGUAAUAUAUCAGCAGAAAUGAUGCCUUCUAUGAUCGUAUUUGCGAUCUUUCAAUCAAUAUGAGAUUUGAUGAUAUUGUAUAAGUACAUUUGGUAGAAGUGUGCGCUGCAUGGCAAGCUGAGCACAUGCUGCUUGCUCAGUUUAAUCUCAGUAUAUAUCAUUAUUAUGGUUUCUACUUCUCUUAUCACAUAGGGUGUCAGUGACUGUGGACAGUCACUUUGUUCUCUCUUUUCUCAGUUGUAAGGCACAACAAAAAUAUUGUAAAUGUUCUUGUUGUCUUCAAAUUCUAUGUCACUUUCAUGCCAUGUCUACAGUGGUUUUUUCCUUCUAUGGACUAAGAGAUGCAAGUUAGAAGUUGGACUUUCACUUAGGGAAGACUCAGAUUUUGAAAGUAUGCAAGUUAACAUAUCCUUUUGCCUCUACAUCUUGUAACAUUUUCUGGUAUUUUUGGUUGCCUCGUGAAAAUGAUUUAACAGAAUAGUUUGUUUAGGACACAUCGUGCAUGCACUUUAAGAUGAAUACUAUUUUAAAACGUUUUUUUUAAAUAUAGCGCGCAGCCUUUCCAAUGUAAAAGAUUUAUAAAAUAUUUUGAUUAAAUGGGGGACAAAAGGUAUUCUUUAUUUUCUCUUUUGACAGUAAUGUAAGGGAAUUGAUGUAUGAAAGAAGUUGAAAUGUAAAUAAAUUUGUUUUAUCAAACAA